AUGGAGGACCUCGUGACGUACGCCUGCAGCGGUCGGCUCCCGCUGCCUGGUGGCGCGCUCAUGCGCCAUGCUCGGUGGGAAGACGUCGGCGCCAUGAACAUGUCGCCGAGCAAGCUCAGCAAGCUCGGGCAGACGCUCGUGCGCCAGCUGCGCGCCGGGGACGACGACCUGACGGCGCUGCUUUGGGUCUGGACAUGCACCCUCAUCGCCAAGAGCUUCCUCUGCCCGACGAAGACCGAGUUUCAUGCGUGGUACGCGUCCGUCGUAGUCGCAGCGCCGACCUUGGACCUUCCGCCGACGCUCUGCGACCUCGUGGACACGACGACCCUCAUGCGUGGCCUUUUUCUCGGAAUUACCAACGUCUGCCCCAUGACGGCCAAGAUGAAGCAGGCGUCUCGCGCGAUAUGCACCAAGUACGAUGUGACGCUUGACGUCGUACUCGCCAACUGGGAGAAGCAAGCCGCAAUCGACCGGAAGCUCGACGUGUGCAUGCUUGUGCUCGACGAUGCCUCGAGUCGAGCGCAGAUCGAUCUCUUCCUCAAGCUUCUGCGACGGUCGAGGGACGAUGCCCAGUGGUCGCUGCUACUCUUGAAGCUUCUGGAGCCCCGACCGGCGUUCGCACUCGCUCUACUACCAGAGGUCGCGACCUUCUUGGACACAGCCAAGCCGUCAAAAGCCACCCGAAAGCUCGUGCUGGACUGUAUGGGAAUCGUCGCAGCUUCGUACUUUCGUCACGAGCUCGUUUGCAAGGCGCUUGGCAUGCUCCUUCGAGAUCCAGACGCGACCUUGCGUCUCGCGGCGCUCAAGCUCACGGUGCAGCUCCGAAGCGCCCAUCGUGAAGCCUUUGUCAUCGAUCACGACUGCGAUUUGCUGCAGGUGCUCGUCACAGCCAUCGUCCACGACAGCGCGAAAAGCGUAGUCGUCGCUUCGGUGCACGCCCUUUCAACUCUUCUGCACGAAGGACCAGCUUCCGAGGUCGUCGUUGAUUUGCCUGCGGAGCUUGCUGGCCAUUUGAUCUCAACGUUCAUUUUGGUCAAGGCAGUGCCGACGGCCGAGGUGACGCACGAGCACGUCACUGCACUUUUGCACGCUUCGUCGCUUCCUAUCGACUUGAACACGUUCAUGGCGGCGAUGGCGGUGGCCGAUGUCGAUCAAAAGCGUCGGCUCGUCGACAUCUAUGCUCAUCGUCACGGCUUGAGCUCUCUCGAGCCCGCCGCAAUCGCGACGUACCUCGACACCAUCGUGCACGAGAUCGAGCCUUUCAGCUUGAAUUUGGACAGUGCCGAGCAGGUUUCGGUGUUUUUGGGCCACGUGGCACCAUCAACCGAAGGAGCGCAGCUAUGGAUCCAAGAGCUCUUGCGGCGAUUCGAGGAUGCGAUCGAUCAGUACAAUGCACCGAGCUCGGUCGGCGUCAUCGUUUUGGCGACGUCGUGGGUUCCGCACAUGCAUCGACGCGCCGUCGAGCAAUGCAAUGAUGGCGCGCUGCAGCUGCUGCACCAGCUUUUUGGCAGCGAGCGGCCUCGCACGCCGCACGAAGAAUACGCGGCCGCUCAUGCAUUGCAGUUUCUGCUCUCUGCUCGUUGCAAAAGAGACACGUGGUCGUCGGCGCUUGAGGAUUUGCUCGCCAACUUGCUUUUUUGCGGGCCCUGCCAGCGGUCCUUGAUUCGACUCUGGUAUUUGCAACCCCAAGCUCAGGAGCGUGUGUACUAUGUCGUUGCCCAUGCCCAAGAUCUGGCCUUUGAUGGCCAUGACUUGACACGCGUUCAGAGCUUUGUGCGUCUUCUGGGCGUCGUGGCAACCGAGAACGCGCAAUUCAUUGUUCGGGAGUGCCCGACACUCAUGGAAGCAAGUCCGAGCAGCGAGCCCGACGAGGAGCACUACAUGGAUGAGUACGAGCUCGAGAUGGACCAGAAGCGCGCCAUUCAAACUGAGAGAGAAAAGACGCUCAACGAAGGUCUACUUGCGGCCUUCUUGCCGCUACUGGAAGUACUACUUGUUCCUGCUGCUGGCGCAACGUUCUUGCCGCCACAAGCACUGGUUCUCUGCGCACUUGCGUCGCUUGGCGAUUUUAUGCGAGUGUCGCGCGUGAUGGCUCAGAAAGAGUACAACCCUUGGCUCGUAAAGCUCAUCAGCGACUCGUCCAAGCCCGAGCCGCUUCGAUCUGCGUGUUUGGACAUUUGGGCCAGUAUCCAGCCGACUUUGCAUCCCUCGCAAGUCAAGUCAGACGGCAUCGACGCGCUCUAUUGUCAGCUCGAGCAACUUGAUGGCAUGGCCCCAAAACUGCUCAAGGUCAUGUGUCGGCUCGUUCUCAAUGGGCAGCUGCGCAGCGACAAGCUGCGCUCCUUGUCCUUUGCGUUUGUUGCUGGCGAUGACGCGAUGGAAGCGACGGCGACGGCCUUUUUCCGGUCCUUCUUCCGCUCCAAAGGCAAGGAAACGUGCCAGCGCAUUUACGAUGUCUUCUUUGCACUGGACAACGUCACUGCGCGUCUGGCGAUCAUUCGAAAGCUACUGUCGAUCGCGACGUCCAUCAAUGCUCCGCUUGAUGGGUUGCAUCUUUUGCUCAUCAAAGAGUGCGAAGAGCAAGUGCGCCUCGAGAGCGCAUCGGAGCUCCUCUCGCUCCUGGCACCCACGAUGCUGGGCACCACCAAGCUUCUCGAUACCCUGGAGCGCGUCCUUCUCCUCCAGCCGACACGCGCCGCGCAGCUACGCUUCCACACGUACCUCGACGCCAGCGCGGCCUUGGUCGCCCGAGACCCCUCGUUGCGCGCCAAGGUCAAGCGCGGUCUCGGUCUCCUCUCGGAUCCGAUUGGCGCCAAAUCCAUUGCGGCGCCACCACACCUCGAGGCGCUCAUUUCCCAGGCGUGGUCGUGA